CGCGUACGGACAAUUUCGCGCAGACGAGCUCUCUUCGCCCGUCCACCCUUGCCCCCGCCCACCAUGGCCGACACCCCAGGAGUCUCGAUUGUUCCGCUGCUCUCGCGGGCGCUGCACCACAUCCGUUCAACCCCGCCCAGAGCCAUAGCGUCCCCCGCAACCCAACCUCGCAGGGCAGCAGUAGCGCUCAUCAUUCGCGUGGUCCCGCCGCCGUCAUACAAUCCAUCCCCUGAACUCGCCCCUGGCCUCUCUGAAUUCUUCCAGCUCGACUGGGUCAACGCACCCGGAGCGCGACCUGAAAUUCUGUUCCUCCGUAGAGACAAACCAGAUACAACAGCAGACGCAGGCCGUAUGAGCGGAAGUGGCCCGCGCACGCGCGAGGCCCACGUCGCUUUCCCAGGCGGCAAAACCGAAGACGGGGACGAAGGCGGCAUGUACACAGCUAUGCGCCAAACCUGGGAGGAAAUCGGCCUCGACCUCGCCGAGAACGCAUAUACGCCUGUCGGCCAGCUCGAUGACCGCGAAGUGACUACCUCCCUCGGCAAGCGCCUCCUCAUGGUCCUGUCUCCUUUCGUCUUCCUCCAACUCGCCCCCCACACCACCCCCGUCGACCCCGCGCCCGGCACCGCGCUCCACUGGGUACCCCUCGCGGAGCUCCUCCCCCUUCCCGCGUCCAUGCAAGGCAAGAGCGCCCGCAGCCCCCGCUGGUCGCAUGUCACCGUCGACGCGUCCUCCCGUCUCGCGCCGCGGCACUCUACCGUGCUCCGCCUCCUUAUGCGUGUCCUCGUGGGCAGCAUGCAGUUCCCCGCCAUCCUCAUUUCGCCCUCCGCAUCAGCUGCAGUCCCCCUCGCGCAUACGCCCGCGGGCGAUGCAAAGUCACAGCUGCUCGCGAUCGACGAGAAACGUGCAGCGCUCGAACACGGCGCGGACGGUGAGGAGGAGCUCAAGCUCUGGGGUCUCUCGCUCGGCAUGACGCUCGAUUUGCUCUUGAAUAUGACCGUGCCUACUGUAUCGCCCAUUGCGGGGAAGGCUCCGAGCGCGGGUAGAGGGAAGGGCAAGGGGAGGAUGAGUGUAAGCAAUGAGAAGAACGAGGAGGCGAUAAUGAGUGCACAGGCGCUGCUGCCCCCGGAUGCGGAGACGCUGGAGAUGCUCCGGAUGCCCGUCGUUGCGCCGAGCCUGACGAGCAUCUUCCCGCGAUUCUCUUAUCCCGACGUGAAUUUCUGGAUAUGGGUAUUUGGCAAGAGGUACCGCGCGGUUAUGCGCGGUUGGGAAGCGAGCGUACGUGCGGGUGGCACGAACGACAGGCGAAUAAACUGGACAGGCUCUGCCCUGACAACGUUCUACGCCUCAGUGCGAAAAGCCCUCGUCGUGGUGCUCGUCCUCCGCGCGAUUGGCGUCCUGGUCGGCCUCUUCGUCGGCACGUGGAUCCUCUUUCGGUGAACAACCUACCUCGCCCGCCCACGCCCACACGUUACCCGAACAUACAUAUCUACCUCCACGAUCUUCUCAUAACGAUUUCUUCAUGACUCACGACUUACUGUUGUUGUUUUAUUGAUUAUGCCUCGCCUGGCUUCGUGUCGGACUGCGUGCCAGUGUCUCGAUUCACUCGCUAUUUGUUUCUUUUUACGGGAUGGGAUGGACCGGCUGUUGUCAGCUUAGGAUGUAGGCGCGUCUCGGCUCAUAGACGAGGGCGUAGUAGACACGUUGCAGUUCCUGGACUGGACUGGGUCACGUCCGUGUAGGUUGGUAGUGGUCAAUAAGGAUUGAGUGUUCCCGACGCGUUAGGAUCUGGGCUCAGAGGACGUCUCCCACUUGUGGCAGGUCUGCAUUCAAUGAUUACCGGCAUGCAGAAGAUUUGGUCCAUAACAGCAACUGAGC